CACAUUUGUGAAUUGUGAUAGUAUUACUACUAAUUAAUUACGACCAGAGAAUAAUAUCAACACUAUUUUUUGCUAUUUUUCAAAUUGUAUGAUAUAAUUUAUAUUAUAUAAUAAAAUAAUAAUUUUAGAUUUUUGAUUUUGUAUUGUACAUAUUAAAAAAUAAAAAUGGCUCUUGCUAGCAUGCAAAGGAAAACCAAUGUACGAUUGCCUCCAGAAAUUAAUAGGGUUCUUUACAUUAGAAAUUUACCUUAUAAAAUAACAGCUGAAGAAAUGUAUGAUAUUUUUGGAAAAUAUGGUGCCAUUCGUCAAAUUAGAGUAGGUAACACUCCAGAUACAAGAGGAACAGCAUUUGUAGUAUAUGAAGAUAUAUUUGAUGCAAAGAAUGCCUGUGAUCACUUGUCUGGAUUCAAUGUGUGCAACCGAUACUUAGUGGUCUUAUAUUAUCAAUCUACCAAAGCAUUUAAAAAAUUGGAUACAGACAAGAAGAAAGCAGAAUUAGAAAAGGUUAAAAUGAAAUAUGGCCUCAGUGAAGAAAAUUAGAACUUAGCUAAUUAAUAUUAUCUAAAGACACUGACUAAAGACAUAUAAUGUAUAUGGUAUUGAUUAACUAUAACAGAAUAUGUAUAUAAAUUAAAAUUAAGUAUAACAAUUAUUUAAAUUUGUAA